AUGUUAAGACAAGGAAUCAUUCGGCCAAGUAGAUCACCCAUCUCAUCUCCAGUUUUAUUGGUUCGUAAGCAUGAUGGAACUUGGCGUUUUUUUGUUGAUUAUCGUGAGCUCAAUGCCAAGACAGUGAAUGAAUUAUUAGACGAAUUGUACUGGUCCAGAUACUUCACAAAGCUAGAUUUGAAGUCGGGCUAUCAUCAGGUCCGCAUGGAUCCCCUAGACAUUGAGAAGACAGCUUUUCGCACGCAUCAUGGCCACUUUGAAUUUUUGGUUAUGCCGUUUGGAUUGUCAAACGCUCCAUCAACAUUUCAAGCACUAAUGAAUGAGAGAUCCAAAUGUUCUUUUGGAGAGACCCAAGUAGCAUAUCUUGGCCAUGUGGUGUCUGAAAUAGGCGUGGUAGCAAACACAAACAUGGUUCAGGCUAUCAUUGAUUGGCCUCAGCCACAGUUUACCACUACCUUGCGCGGAUUCUUGGGCUUAGCGGGUUAUUACCGUGAAUUUAUAAGAAAUUACAAUCACUUAGCAGCCCCUUUAACUAACAUGCUUAAAAGAAAUUCGUUCCAGUGGGAUGAAACAUCUUUGGCUUCUUUUGACACUCUUAAAAAAGCACUUGCAACUGCUCCUGUUUUACAAUUACCAAAUUUUAAUGAUCCAUUUAUAAUUGAAUGUGAUGCCUCGGGAGGUGGUAUUGGAGCGGUGUUGCAACAGAAUGGCCAUUCUAUUGCUUUUUUCAGUCGACAACUGGCAGAUCGACACUUUAAAUUGGCUGCAUAUGAGCGAGAAUUAAUUGGCUUGGCUAAAGCAGUGCAACAUUGGCGUCCUUAUCUUUGGGGCAGAGAAGAGAUAUGCAAUGACGCUUCCUUGCAAGAAUUAGUCCAACAAGUGCUUCGUCAAGAACUUGAUGCUUCCUGGGCAAUCAAAGACGAGCUACUAUUUUAUAAAGGCCGUAUCUACUUGCUGCCUUUUUCCCAAUUGAUUGCUACUAUUCUGUCAGGAUAUCAUGAUAAUGCCCAUGAAGGAGUACAGAAAACAUUGCAGCGCACACGACAAGAUUUCUACUGGAAAGGUAUGAAGUCGAUUAUUGGGAAUUAUGUCGCUGCUUGUCCUGUUUGUCAACGCAACAAGGCUGAACAUCUAAGCCCUGCAGGUUUACUACAGCCACUUGCACUUCGUGAGCAGGUAUCGGCUGAUAUAUGGACUUUAUUGAUGGCUUACCAAAGGCUUGGGGCAAAACAGGAUGUGACUUUUACAAGCACAUUUUGGAGAGAAUUGUUUCGUUUAUGUGGAACAAAGUUGGCAUUCUCUUCUGCUUAUCACCCUCAGGCUGAUGGCCAAACUGAAGUUGUGAAUCGUACUAUUGAAAUGUAUUUGCGUUGCUUGGUUGGGGAUUAUCCAAAGAAGUGGGUUGAUUGGUUGCCUUGGGCAGAGUAUUGCUAUAAUACUUCCUUUCAUACUGCAUUGCAAACAACUCCCUUUAAGGUUGUUUAUGGCCGAGAUCAUCCUCGUCUAUUGUCCUAUGUGGCUGGUUCUUCACGAGUAGAGGCUAUUGACAAUGCAUUACUGGAUCGUUCACUAGUUUGGCUGCGUUUACAUCCUUAUCGUCAAAAAUCUGUUGCAGGUCAACUAUGCCAUAAGCUUGCACCACCGUUCUUUGGGCCUUUUCCUGUGUUGCGGCGGAUAGGGAAGUUGCGUAUGAGUUACAGCUGCCCAGUGACUGUAAGUUGCAUAAUAUUUCAUGUAUCCCUUCUUAAAGCUUUUAAGGGUGCUGCUCCCACAGUUCCCCCGUCUCUGCCACCACUAGCGGAUGGUCGUGUUGUUCCUAUGCCUUGUUCUGUUCUACGAGCAUGUCUAAAUCGAGGAACUUGGGAACUCUUAGUGCACUGGUGUGGGUUUGAUUUGUCAGAUGCUACUUGGGAGGAUGCUGAACAUUUUCGUAAUGCCUAUCCAGACUUCAAGCUUGAGGACAAGCUCUUUAAAGAGGAGGGGGGUAAUGUUACAGACUCAUUCGUGGGUAAAGUUUAUGCAAGGCGGGGCCCUCGAGCUGAGGAAAAUAGCAACGUCAAAGAGGAUAAGUAG